AUGGCUCGUAUCCAAAUUCCCAUCGACGCCUUGACGUCCCGCCUCGGCCUCCAGGACCGCUUUAACAGCAUGCGCUCCGGUGGUUUGAGCGGCCGCUUCGCCAACCUGCGACCUAUUUCCGAGUUCUUCGACAUGAAGCGCCUAUCCAAGCCCGCCAACUUUGGAGAGGUCCAGUCGCGAUGGAACUACAACCUCUCCUACUUCUCCAGCAACUACAGUGUCGUCUUCUUGAUGCUCAGCAUCUACGCCCUGUUGACCAACUGGGUCCUGCUGUUCGAUAUCAUCUUCGUCAUUGCAGGCAUGUUCCUCAUUGGCAAACUCGACGGUCGUGACCUCGAGAUCGGCUCCUUCAAAGCUACCACCUCCCAGCUCUGGACCGGUCUCCUCGUCAUCUCCGUGCCCCUCGGCCUGUACGCUUCGCCUUUUGCGACGCUGCUGUGGCUCGUGGGUGCUUCUGGCGUGGGAGCUGCGCAACAGCCAUCCUGGGAGGAUGGAAGGAGGGUUGUAGAGGAGUUGGAGACGGAGGUGGAUGAUUCGGAUACACAGGGCGUUGGUUUGGUUUCGCGCGGCCAGCGGUUCGCCAGCGACCCGCUCCGCUUUACAGGUACGGACUUGGGUGACAGGGUCGCCGCGUUGCGGAGAGGGCACAACUAUCAACAGUCGGAUGACGACGAGGACGACGAGGACGAGGACGAGGAUGACAGCGAAGAUGAUACUGACGAAGACUCGUCCGACGAAGAGGAAGACGACGUGGACUGGGAACAACUGUCGCCGCGGGAGCGGGACGACGCACUGGCCCAAAGAGCUCUCGCCCGCGUCCGGCGCGCACAAGAACGAGGCAAGCUUGAGGUGAACCUGAGCAAAGAUGAAAUGGCAGCCCUCGACCGGCGGAGGAAGCGCUUGGAAAAAGAAGCACGUAAACAGGAGCGCAGACAGCGCCGGGAAAGGGAGCAGCGUUUCGCCAUCCCGCUAUCACAGUUCGAGCCGCCGACUCGCAGACGGGAGCCGCCGAUGGCUGCCGAGGACGACUUGCCGCGUCAUCCCUCCCCCGGCACGUUCGCCGAGGUGCAGACGCGAGAUGCCAUGCCGCCCAUGGGCUACUUUCCACCGCCCAACGCCUCUCGCGCUCGGCCCCGCUCAGCAACUUCGGCCUCCCAGCGACCCACGCCUCGCAUCGUGGGCGAGAGGGGCUCGUCACCGUUCAACUAUGCGUACGUACAAGGCGGUGCGGCCCAGCGCCAUCCUUCCGAUUCUGCCAAUUCUCGAAGAGGACCUCUGCCAUCCGAAGAAGGAUGGGGUCCUGCUCCAAACAUGUCGCCUGCUUCGUCCACGUCGUCCAUGUCCAAAUCGCAGUCCAACGUGGAUCCCUUCCAGUUCCAGAUCGAGGGUCCUCGGGUUGCUGCUUCGCGACGGAACGUCUCGGGCUCUACUGAUGGACAGCGAACUUCAGUCGCACCUCCGGUUGGACGAGGCUCCCGGACUUCACGUGGUCCGCCACCCGAGGAGGACAGCAGCGAGGAGAGUAGCGAAGAGAGCACCAGCGACGACACGGGUAGCGGUGCUCAGAUCGCUCAGCCGCCGCCGCCGCCGCCGCCGCCGCCACAGCCGCCAAUGACGAGACGUGGCCGCAAGGAGGCCGUUGCCGUCGAAGAGGCCGUCACCCGCGAGUCGGCACGUGAGGUUUCGCGGGGCAAGAAGUCUGCCAACCCGUCGCCGUCCAAGAGGAAGCCUGCAAGUAGUCGCCGGAAGAAGAAAUAG